AUAGGCGAAGAAUGAAGCAAGUGGUGGAAGAGUGUAGAAGAUAGAAGAAGGAUCUGGAAGAUAUAUUCAUGAACACACCACCGCCCUCCUCCUCCUCCUUCUUCCGUCGCCUUCCAUUUCCGACUAUAAAUUCUUACCUUCUCCAUCUCCAUUUUCCCCAUCUACAGAACAAUCGAAUCUUCAAAAUCUCAUCUGCAUUCUAAUCAAUCGCUUAAUUUCAAUUCUCCGCCGUUCCGAAUCACCGUGAAAACAUGUCUCUGAUUCCGAGUUUCUUCGAGGGUCGCCGGAGCAACGUCUUCGAUCCCUUCUCAAUGGACCUCUGGGAUCCGAUCUUCUCCAACACGCUGGCCAAUUUCACCGGCGAAUCUGCUCGGGAGACGUCUGCAUUCGCCAACGCCCGCAUUGACUGGAAGGAGACGCCGGAGGCGCACGUGUUCAAGGCGGACGUGCCGGGGCUGAAGAAGGAGGAGGUGAAGGUGGAGGUGGAGGAAGGCAGGGUGCUGCAGAUCAGCGGGGAGAGGAGCAAGGACAAGGAGGAGAAGAACGACACUUGGCACCGCGUCGAGAGGAGCAGCGGCAGAUUCCUGAGGCGGUUCAGGCUGCCGGAGAAUGCCAUGGUUGAUCAGGUCAAGGCUGCCAUGGAGAACGGCGUGCUCACCGUCACCGUCCCCAAGGUCGAGCAGAAGAAGCCUGAAGUGAAGAACAUUCAGAUCUCCGGCUAGAAUUCCGGCCAGAUCCCAAAAAUAGCCGCUUGUUUUUGUUUUGUUUUGGUCUUUUGAAUAAAAAUGUGUGAAGUGUGUCGUCGUCCUCGUCCUUUCUCGUGCUUCUCUGUAACUUUCUGCGAUAGUAAUAUAUAAAAUCGUUUGAG